GGUUGUCAUCUGGCGCCUGCACUAUUCCCAUUGCAGUAAAUUGCGUUUCAAUUAAGCGGCUUAUAUAAAUUAAAUUGCAUUUGUUCGCCCACGCGCGCCUAGGCGAUCGGCAAUCGAGGCGAUAAGUUAUCUGAUCCCAUGCGGUCAGAGCUAUAAAUCCAAAUCCAAAACAUGGACAAAGUUAAAUUCGCCAUUAAAAAUCAAAAAAAAAAUAAAAAGGAAAAGAAAAGACUGUUCAAUACGGAAGUUCGAUUUGAACCCACUACCGAUUGUUAAAACAUUUCUGGCUUGCCACAAAUGUAGAAUUUUGGAUAUGUUGGACCAACUUUUGUAUUUAUGUGGCUAAUAACUUAGACAAAAGACUGGGUUAUAGCAGACGCAAGCUGGAUAAAAGAACAAGUGAGAUCAAUUCUCAUUAUCCCAAAAUAUAGGUGACUGUAAGUGCCAACUUACUUUAAGAGCGGGAAGAGCCAGCAUUAAAAUAGAAAGAGGGGUGCUGAUAAAGGGAGAACUGCGACGAGGGCUAGAAACGAUCCAAACUCAUAGUUAUACAAAAACAUCCGGAUCGUUAUGUGGAUGGCAUUCAAAUUUACGCUCUCUCUCUCUCUGCCGGUUCCCCACAAUCUCGCCAUACCCAAAAACAUUUGUGCAUGUGUGACGCUGAGCGGAGCAAAGCAAAUUGAAAACGAAAAUAUUUUUAAAUUGAUUUCAAAGACAGACAAGAUCGGGAGCCAGCGAGGAACGUACGCGGCAACGGGUCGCGAGAAUCUCGACGAUAUUGCCUAAUAUAAUGAAAGAGCGGAAGGCGGAAAAUCACAGUAGAGAUUUUUCCGAGUAGGCGAGAAGAAAUCUGUGUCACAACGGAAAACCCGAAAAAAGGAAAAAACACUAAAGACCAACCAAGAAAUUCGUUCGAUCCAUCGGUUUAUGGAAUCAAGUGAACCGUAAAUCGAAUUGGAAGUUAAUCGUGCGUAGAGCGUCAUGGAUUUCAUCGCAAAUAUAAUCAAAAGGCCGAAAAGCAUCGCCACCACUGGCAUUACCACCACUCAGCCAACGGGCAAGAAAGCCACAGAAACUGCCAGUCCCGUGGAUGAUCAUCCUUCACCAAAAGAUCGUGAAGGAGAAGCUCCACUUAUAGGCACGCAUCUGGGCACCCUUCUGGAGUCGGCUUCGGAGGAUCUGCUGCGAUUGGAGGAGCAGCACUCCAGCCUGCUGAUGGAUCCCCACUCUACCCCACCUACGUCCCCCGCAAACAGCAGUAGCAGUCGCGAAACCAUCCAGCAACUCCUAAGCGAGAUAAACGUGAAUUUAAACCAAGUCAGUGCUAACGAAAUGGAGCACUUGCAGGCUAUGAGUUGCGAGCUAAGUCCGCUGGCGGUGAAGCCCAGUCCCAAGCCUUCAAGCAUGGAGCAGCAGAAGGCUCUUGCCGCUGCUCUGGGCCAUCAGACGGCGGCAACAGGUUGCGCCAAGAUGGAUGCAGACGCGGCUCCCAAAUUUGGAGGUCUUCCAGAGUUCGACGAGUCGCAAAUACCGGAUCUGGCUUCUUUAAGUGCUGAAAUGGAGGCUCAACGAAAAUCAAGUCAUUCGGAUUCAGAUGUUUUCGUGGAAUGUUUAUCGCUUCAUAGCGAGCGGUAUACGGGGGAUCGCUCCGAGUUGGAGGCCUAUUCGAGUGCCCUUAACGAUGUGUUAGAGCAGCAGUUGUCCAUGACCUCGGGUGCCACACUGGAGAACGAAUUCGAAGAUCCUUUGGCGGUCAGCCACUACAACAACGUCAGUUAUGAAGCCAUGGAUGUGGAUGACAUUAAUGAAACUAUGGAAAUGUUAAAGGAUGUUCUGGGUCCUGAAGAUCAUCAGCUAUUGCAACAGCAGUUCUUAAUCGAAUCUCAGCGAAUUCCAGAGAUGGAUCCAGUGCAGAUUCACGGAAAACAGGGGAUGAUUGAAGAGUCUUUUGUUCUUCAAGAACACUUAGAUAAACAAGAAGUACUUGAUAGUCAAUUGGAAGAUCCGUCCUUAAAGGAACUAAGACAGUCAGAAGAUGCUAAUGAACCAGCCCAAUGUACAGAACCUAACUUAUCUGAUUUGAAUUCUCCGCGAGAGAUAGAGAAUUUACAUUUUGAGAAAAUGGAACAGAAACAAAUAAGUCCAACACAGGAAACAGAGCGGCUUAAUCCGGAAGAGCUAUUACAGGAGCAGGAGAUUCAUAAAGUGCAACAAACAAGUCCAAAUGCGACAUUGCAGGAGCCAAACCUUCCUCAGGAUCCCCGGCGCUUUGAAGAACCUCUAAAUCUUCAAGAACUGACUCGAGAAAAAAAAGAAGAUCCUGUAGAAUGCCCUAAUCAGGAACAGGCAACUCCGGUGCCAGUAGAAACAAUAAAAAAGACCGAGCUGGAGCUAACGGAAAUCGCCAUUUGCCUUGAGCAAAAAAAAACACCAGCUGUUAUGGCUACCGAGGAUAGAAUAACCGGGGAGGAGUUUGAGCCCAUGGAAGUGGAUGUGUCUAUGCGAGUGGAUGACGCCACGGUGAUAAGGUCACCUCAGCAGCAGCAAAAAUAUUCCGAGGCACAUUUUUCAUCAUCUCCCUUAGAACUCUCUGAGGCAAAGGAAACGACUCCUUCACAACACCCUGCUCACGAACAGCACGUAGAUCAGAUCCCAGAAGAACCAUUAAAAAGGAUUCAACUAGAGCCACCAGAGUCAGUUCUCCCAGCAGCACCGGUCUCACCGCCGAUACCCACGCUUCAGGCUAAAUUUGAAGAGCUUCCCCUUUCUCCGCCCAUACCCACGCAUCGCCCAAAGACAGCCGAGGAACUGGAAUUCCUGGCUCUGAGGGAGUUGCCUUUGCCCGAUGAAGCAGAUGGAGACAACAUGAAUAUGCCGAUGGAGGAGGCGAAGGGUCAGGUGCUGGAGAAGGAACAACCGCAUCACUGCGCGCCAGUGGUGGCAGUCACACCGACGAAGAUCCGAUCUACUUCGCCUCUGCCUUUGGAUCUGGGUGGUAAUACCACAGUGUGCAACCCGGAACCCACCUCACCUAGUUUCCCUAUCCGAGGACCAGCGGAGAAACCCUCCCACUUCCCACGCUCUCCCCAUGCUCCACCAGAGCAGGAGGAUAUGCCCUACUUGGAAGAGGCUGUGGUAGAACCUUCGUUGGAUCGCAAACAAAGCCUUUUUGGGGCUGGAGUCAUCGCUAAGUCAGGAGUGGUCAUUGAGGUAACACAACCGAGUCCAGAAAAGCUGCAACAUCUUAACGAAACCUUGCCCAUGAGCGAACUGUCGCCUACACCCCUCAAUGGUACGUUCGACAGCGGCAGGACAAUGCCGGAAAACCCCGAGCUGGAUAGGGAGGACAUCGAGGGCUCCCCCACAUUUGCUGCAAGUCUUGGAUCUGUUGAUGAUAACCAGCGGCGCACUUUUUCGGUGAUUCAGUCAACGGCAGAAAAAGAGGAGGCGAAAUCUCGUAGGACGUUCUGUAUGGAAAGGGAAAACCCACGGCGCACAUUUUGCCUGGAGCAAAAUGCCUCCCCAGCGGUGGAGGCUACAGAGGAUAUUUUGGCUGGUGACGCCAUGGAUGUGGAUAUCUCUAUGCGGGUGGAAGAAGUAACCGUGGUAGGGUCACCUCAGCAAAAUCGAAGGGACUACCAAGCCCCUGUUUCUAAUUCACCACCGAUUCCCACCCAUCAAAAUCUAAAGAGAGCACCCAUCCAUGAGACACCUUCACCAACGUCCCCACUGGGAAAUGCUACCGUUAUCCUGGAGGAGCAGGCCCUGUCCGCCAAGGAGCAAGCCACUCUAAGCGCCAGCGAUGAAAAAGACGAUGUUUUUGUCGAGCACUUUGGGGCUAUAUCGCCUGUGUCGGACGACAUGUUCAAGACCCCGCAGUUUACUAGUAGUGGCUUCCACACUCAAGCCAAGGUUAAGGCCAAUCCUGCCGGAGAAAACGGAGGAAAAGCGGCUGUUGUGCUUAGCAGGCAGAGAAGUGGUGGAGCUGGCGAGGAGGAGCCGCUUUUCGAUGCCGAAUUCAAGGAUGGCGUCAGCAACCAAAACUUAAUACUGAACUCAUCAGAUUUUGAUUAUUUGUACACGAAAGGCAGCAAUAAUGCGCCCAUCGAUCGCAGUUCGCUGCUGCUGAAGUUUGAUCCGCUCCUUGGAGCCCCCGUUCCCGUAAAUCAUCCGAAUCAGCAGGAGCAGGCACUGCUGAAUAUUCUGGGAUCGAACCAGAACCAGAACAGGAUCCUCAGUCCAACGUUGGAGGAGCACGAGACAAGUGGUGGUAACCAUUCGUUUGGAAUCCUAGCAAGUGCCAAAGAUACCGCCAAGAAGUUGGAUUUUAAGCCGCCUGUGGAUAGGACAAAAAAGCAUGUUAAAAUGAGCGUGGACGUUAUUGAUAACGAUUGCAACAAAACCUUUGAUAAUUCCAACCUUAAUACGGAAGAUAAGUCCCAUAACUACAACAACAUGGAUGAGCUGGAGAAGAAAAUCAAAAAUGAAGUAACGAGGUCGGAAGACAUUGAAAAGAAGUUGAAGGAGGGAGAACAACGCGAAGAAGCGUUGAUCAAACGUAUUACAGAAAAAGAUAAAACCAAUGCAAAACUGAACGGUGUUAUCGAGGCGUAUGAGAAAGCCAUUGCGGAGCUGAUCAGUGAGAAGGAGCAGCAGGCGCAGCUUCACGAAAGGCAAAUGCAAGAAGUGCAGGCAGACCGGGACGCCAAUUACCAUCACUUAACGUCGCUGGAAACGACAUUCUCCGAUCUGCAUGUGAAAUAUGAGAAGAGCAAAGAGAUGACCUCGCAGCUCAAAGGCAAUGAGGAGUCGCUUCUGGCAGAGCGAAAGCAGAUGAUGGACAAUCUGCGGUUGCAGGAGCAGCGCUACGACAAAAUGAAGAACCAUGCCAUGCAGCAGCUGGAAAUUGCUAAUAAAAAGCUGGACACCUACGCGAGGGAACAUGCGGACGAGUCGAAAAAACUGAAAGCUUUACUUAAGAAGGAGGAGGUCUCGCGGGUCUCGAUGACGGAGCAGCUGCAGCAGAAGUCUCGUGAGAACGCCGAUCUGCUCAAGAUAUGCGAGGAGCUCAUCUACGGCAAGGGACAAGGUGGUAGUAGUUAAACUCAACCCGCGGAUUGCUCGGAAUGUAUUUUAUAUGUUGCUGUAAAAUCGCACACACCCUCAUCACAACACUCUCAUCCGGCAUGUGGAGCCCAUCUCGCAGCAUGUCCGUAGAUCUGUAACAGCGCCUCCAUCAUCAUCAUCUCCAUUCGUACCAUGGUGUAAUAACUGCUCGGUUGCGUGCUCUUAACUGAAUAAGAAAAUGCAAAUGCACAAUUGUAUCAUUUUGCCUACUCCACUUAUUUUGAAUUUCAAGAUGUACGUACCCCUAACGAUCCGACGCAUAUUAUACUUUUUCUAGAUUUUUAGUUGACCCGUAAACACUCACUCACACAAGUCACAGGCAGACCCAUUGCGUUCCGUUUGAGUUCCACUCGCCUUACGGGUCUGGUUGCCCGGCAUAUGUUACUAAUUCUCUAUCGUAUCGAAUCUGUCUACUGAUUUAUGUUCUCUGAUAUUACCUGGCGGUGAGUUCUGCCCGAAAACUGUAUUGCGUUUGUGGUUUAGAAAUUGGCCAGCGAAGCAAAUCGAUAAUGUGCAACGGCAGCUAAAUCAACCUACAAAUGCAAAUUAUAACGAACGGCGUUUGCUUGAGAAGCGCCUUUAUUAAAUGUUUAAGUUUAAACUUAGUUUAAUUUAAUUGCAAAUUUGUAAUAGUCGUAUUAAGAAUAACUCUGUAUUACAUACUAGUACUAAAACAACAAAGCGUAAAAAACAAAAAGGAAUCUUUCAAAAUACACGCAAAAAAUUUAUUUAUGCAUAAAA